AUGUCCGCCGAUGCAGUGCCAGAUGCGUUCAGCCAGGCACUUGCAGCAGCAGCUCAGCAGGCUCAGGAGGCAGUGGCUCAAGCGGCAGCGGCUCAAACAGCGGCAGCUCCCGCGCCGGAAGCUGGCGAUGCGAACGGGGCGCUGGCUGCUUUUGCAGCAGCCGGGGUUCCUGCGUUCCAAAUGCUGGCACUGAACCCUCAGUUAGCUGCUGCCUAUGGGGGUGCCGCCGUGCCGCUCGUUGACCCAAUGUAUGCUCAGCUGCAAGCGAAUGCCGCUGCACUGUACCAGUACGCAGCGUUGGCUGGCUUAACACAACAGACUGCUGGACUGGCGGAAGUGGCGCCAACGCCUGCAGCCGGAGUGGCGAAAGGCAGUCCCUCUUGGGUGAAGCCUGGAGACUGGAACUGCAAAAGCUGCGGCGAUCUGCAGUUCGCUAGGAACAGCAAAUGCCGGCGUUGUGGUGCCGACAAGCCCUCCGAAGCCGAGAUUGCGGCCCAGGCUACGGCCACUGCAGCUGCAGCUACUUUGGGGCUGAGCAGCUCAGGCCUACAGAUGCGACCUGGCGACUGGAUUUGUACAGCUUGCGGUGAUCACGUCUUCGCCAAGAACACCUCCUGCCGGAAGUGUGGAACACCACGUCCCAACGGCGUCGUGACGGCCCUGGCUGGUGCCGCUGGUGCCGCUGGUCGCACGUCAUCCGCUGCGCGUGAUGGAGACUGGAAUUGCAAGAUGUGUGGAGAUCUUCAGUUUGCACGCAAUGCCACCUGCAGGCGGUGCGGCACGGAGAAGCCUGCCGACGCGGGUCUAACACCGGCCGUAGCGACAGCACCUGCAUCACCCUACGCCGCACGGGUGCCCGGGGGCGAUCUGCGCCCUGGAGAUUGGAUGUGCCCUCGAUGUGGAGACCAUGUCUUCGCCAGAAACGAGCACUGCAGGAGGUGCGGACAAACUCGCCCUACUGGCCACGACAUGGCAGCUAUGGCGGCAGCCGGCACACUGCCUCCCACAGUGGCUGCAGCAAAGGACUCAGGUGAGUUUUCAUUGAGACUUCGCUGCCUGCGUAGUUGCUACAACGAUAACGAUGUGAGAAGCAGCUGUUCGUUUUGA